UUCGAUAUUGUCGUUAUUGUUUCGGUAACUCGUGGCCCCCACAACAUUAACUUUGGUGACAAAUGUCCAAUUCUCCUCCUGCAUAAACUUAUCACCGAAUAGUUAUUCAUCAAUCCUCUUCUGUACUGUCCCUCUAAAUUCUAAAAGUUAUAGCGUCGUCGUGUCUAUUUUUUCUUUCUAGGCUUCCGCAUCAUGGCAUCCUCGACUCCCAAGCAACAACAACAACAGCCAUCAAACAUGUACGGCGCCACCGCAGCCCCACCACCUACCCCGUCGACGCAGCCCAACAAUCUCUUGUACACGUCAGAUGCCGCCGAUGCCCUCUCCAGGAUCCUCCACCGCUUCCCACCAGCUCUCUCCCUCCCCACUCGUUGCUCUUCUGCGGUAACUUGUCCGCCCGUAGUCUCUAUCUCCGACCAAAACCACACUCUCCUUGAUGACGUCCUCACCGCCUCUUCCCAACUUGGUUUCUUUCAACUCACCGAUCAUUCAAUCCAUUCCCGACUCGCUCGCUUGGCCGAGUCAGAGUCGCUCGCUCUCUUCGACCUUCCCGAUGACAAAAAAGAAUCGUAUUUUCCCAAGAACUGGCCUCUGGGGUACGAAGGUGCCGAUGAAGAAGACGGCGACGGACUCGGCGAGUCGUUCCGCUUGGAGUCCUCGUGUUCUGCUGAAUUGUCGUUGGAUUCUCUGCUGGAGUUUACUGGAGCUCUGGAGAAGCUCGGGCUAAGGAUCAUCGAAUUACUUUCCAAGGCAGUGGGCUUUGAGAAUCCAAUAGAGGAAGAUCCGACCCGUUUUCACUCAUUGAUGUGGAUUUCGGAGGCUUUACCCGGCAAUAAACCGAUAAUGGCGGGUGGGUUUUACCCAUAUAUAGUCUGUAUGCAGUAUCAAAUCAGUUAUCAGAAGUAUUCACUGCUGGCGGAUUCAGGUUGGGUUUCCGUGUUGCCCCAAGUAGAUUCAGUCAUGGUUACGCUUGGUGACAUUGCUCAUGUGUGGAGCAAUGGCAAGUUAAAGAAAGUGAGAGGAAGAGCAAUGGCGCAUUUGGGAGAUGCCAACAACAAGAAGAACAACAACAACUCACGGUGCAUAUCAAUGUCGCUGCUGCUCACUCUUCCUGGGGACAGUAAAGUCUCUUCCCUCCUCCCCAAGCCAAUAGGUGGCAAUGAUCAGGAAAAAGAUGAACAAAAAAUUCAAACUGAUGGUAGCACGUGUCGUGAGCAUGAGCAAGAAGAGAGAUCAAAGUUCAACUCCUUUUGCUUCGAGGACUAUGCUUGGAGAGCCUAUCAUGAACGCCUUCUCUUCAAAGACCCUCUUGACAGAUACCGUAUUUAAACUCCUCUUUUUUUUCUUGUCGUCACCAAUUAUUUUAGAAUACUUCCUUCCCUCUGAUAAUUGGUUUGUUUUUUAUGACUUUGGAGUUCUGCUGGUGCUACUACUACGCAUUUUGCUUCUAGUUUUCCCUUAUAUUAUAACGUUGGUUGUUGGUAAUACGUUAAAAGUAAUCGCACGUGUGUUUGAGUUAAGAUGA